AAGCAAGACUAAACUAAGCAUCUUUUCUUUCUUCACUUUCACUUUCACUCUCUUCAAAGAAAGUAUCAUUCUCUCGUCUCUCCAUUAAAAAAAAAAGAAAAACACCAAAAUGUUGCUUCCCAUUCUGCUUCAGCUUCUUCUAUUCACACUUCCACGAAUCGCCACCUCUCACUACAACUACAACUUCUCUUCCUCUUCGCCGUCAGAUUCAUCGCCGCACUCCGAGUGGCGGCCAUCACGCGCCACCUAUUACGCAGCCUCUGAUCCGCGUGACACUGUCGGCGGUGCCUGCGGCUACGGCGACCUGGUGAAGGCUGGAUACGGUCAGGCCACUGUAGGUCUGUCGGAGGCUAUGUUUGAGCGUGGCCAGAUCUGCGGCGCGUGCUUUGAACUUCGUUGCGUUGAGGACAUGCGUUGGUGCAUUCCUGGAACCUCUAUUAUUGUUACUGUCACUAACUUUUGUGCUCCUAAUUAUGGUUUUAGUUCUGAUGGAGGCGGCCAUUGUAAUCCGCCGAACAAGCAUUUUGUGCUUCCUAUUGAAGCCUUUGAGAAGAUCGCUAUUUGGAAGGCUGGCAACAUGCCGGUACAGUACCGGAGGAUAAAGUGCAGGAAGGAAGGAGGCAUUCGAUUUUCGAUCGAUGGUUCAGGAAUCUUCAUUUCAGUGCUGAUCAGCAAUGUUGCAGGUGCCGGAGAUGUAGUUGCAGUGAAAAUCAAGGGUUCAAUAACAGGCUGGCUUACGAUGGGUAGGAAUUGGGGCCAAAACUGGCAUAUAAAUGCCAAUUUAAAGAAUCAACCUCUCUCAUUUGAGGUCACUAGUAGUGAUGGCCUCACAGUCACAUCUUAUAAUGUUGCUCCUAGGAAUUGGGACUUUGGACAGACUUUUGAAGGCAAGCAAUUUGAGUCUUAGAUUAGCAUCAAGACCAUAAAUUAUGUAGAAUAGUUUUUAUUUUUAUUAUUAUUAUUUUUUGUCUUCCUUUUCUUGUAUUAAUUGGAUGAAGGUGUAUGAUGUCAUGGGGUUUUCAUGAAAGAGGCAGAGAUACUAUACUGCAAAUUGUAUGAUGAUUCAAACAUUUUUUGGGAAUGUACUUCAGAAGUCAUAACGAUAAUAAUAAUAGUUGGAUUAACUUACUAGUUAUCCAACCAUUAUUAUUGACUUGAUAGUA